AUGUUGAUUCUUCUAUUAUUCUUCUUGAUUAUUGGAAGUUUUGGGGAAGCAACUGAAAAUGGAGCUAAUCUUGAGCUCGAGAAUGGCGAGUUCAGUGAUGAAGGAGGGAAUGGAACAUUCUUCGAAGAUGGUAAACAGAUUUUCAGAUAGAUAAUUAGAUUUUCAAAAAAAAAAAAUUAAUUUCAGAGUACCCUCCCAUAUAUUAUCUGAAGAAUCUAACAAAAGACAUUUUGGGUGACGAUUAUGAAAAAGAAGUUUCACCAUUCACAAUUAGCCAUAUUGCCGAAGAAGAUGAAAACCCAAUUCCAUGGAACUAUACAAUUUUUGUGCCUCAGCUAAAAUUAAUUGAUGUUGAUGAGCCAAAAGAGCAAAUGACUGUGAUAAUGGAAUUAGUUCAACAUUGGAAGGAUGAAAGAUUGAUUUGGGACCCUGAAAAAUAUGGAAAAAUAACCGAACUCACUACACGUCUUGAGAAAAUCUGGUCAUUACCUUUCACUGCCUUUGGAGCUAGUGAAGUUGUGGAGCAUCGUGACCAGAAUUAUCGAACUGCCCAAGUUUGGCAUAAUGGUGAUGUUUUUGUGCUCAUUCCUUUGAAGAUGACAACAAAUUGUAAGAUGAAUAUGAGGGAUUUCCCAUUUGACACGCAGAUUUGUGAAGUUCGUGUUGGAUUGCCUUUGCAUGGACCACAUCGAUUUGAAAUUGGGGUGUAUUUACCGGAGUAUGUUGUGAAUUCAUGCACAUUGGUGAGUUGUUAUAAGUUGGGGACUUUCUUGUGUAGUCAAGCGGGUUUAUAUCAUUAUAUGAUUUAACUUGAAUCCUUAAAUCUUGUUUCUAUGAGAAAAAUGUAAUUUAACAUAAUAUUGUAUAGGUUAUUAACGGGGUUUUAACUUAUUAAUUAUGGGGGGGGGGGUCACCCUAACUUAAAGUGCAAAUAACUUUUUUUCAGUUGUACCCCCUCCCCCUUUAAAGUUAAUUAAUUAGAUUGAAGAUAGUUUCAAUAUACCGCUUAAAUAACAAACUUUAAAAAAACCAAAAAAUUCCAGGGAAACUCUGCGUGGGACAUUUUCAAUAUCUCAUAUGGUCAAGAAGUUAUCCUAUCAGGUGACAGUAACUUCGACAACAAUAAACUGGGAGUCAUCAAAUUACACCUCAAAAGAAACCCAAUGUUCUACAUGUAUAUGAUUGUUCUCCCAACAUUCAUUAUUAAUGCAAUCUCGAUUGCUGGAGUCUUUAUGAAAAAUACAGAGAAAAUGGAUAGAUUGACAGUUGGUCUAACUCAUAUUAUGACUAUGACUUUUAUCCUGGCUUUGAUUGCUGAUAAAUUGCCGAAAACUGAGAAGAUUCCACUUUUGGGGAAAUAUAUUAUAUUUGGGUUGUGCACUAUGAUCGUAGCUAUGACGUUUUCCACGUAUUUGAAGAAGAUAUCGAAAUAUUUCAGCGAGAAAUUGGAGAAGACUAGAAGUGCUUUUGGGUGAGUCGGAAAACCUAGUACUCAUCAAAGGGGGUUUUUUCAUUUCAGCCAAAAACUGCGUCGCUUCAUUGGCUCGCCACUUCGUGUAAUUUGCAUUAUUAUUUUUCAAGCUAUCAAUUUGUUUGCUGGAUUAUAUUUGCUGUAUCGACUGAUUUGUUUCGAGCAAAAAUAUGAUGACAAGAAAUGCUAUCGUGCUGAGCCAGUUAUGGAAAUUAUUCCUGAACGAUUUGCUAAUGGAACUUUAAAGGAGGCUUAA